AUGGGGCUUCGGUGCGAGGAGGUGGAGCGACUCCCGGAACGAGCUGCUGCCCGACCAUUACGGAAGGACUCGACCGAGGAAGCGAUAGUUAGCAGCCUUUAUCUCUGGUUGGGAAGACUUCCUGGGGGAAGGGGCUGGGGUCGACCAGCUCCGGUACCGGCACUUCCGGUUACUCCAGUGCCAGCAAGACGUCCGACAGCGGCGGGUCGACGGCCUCACAGCAGCUACCGCCCUCCCCCCGUCAGCUACCGCUCGCCCUACACGAGCGGCGCGCGCGAGCGCUCCACGUCCCGCGACAAGUCGACGGCGGCGGCGCUCAUCGACAAGUACGGCACCAAGGAGAGCGGCGGCACGGGCGGCAGCACGGGCGGCACGGGCGGCAGCAGCGAGCGGCUGUCGCUGCGAGACAAGUACAACGCUUACGGGACGUACCCGGGCCGCGACGCGUCCGCCUCCCGCGCCGGGGGCUACGGCGCGAAGAGCGCGGCCCAGCAGCAGGAGGAGGAAGAGGAGAAGGAGAGGGAGCGCGAGAGGGAGAGAGAGAGGGACAGGGACGUGUCGUCCGGGUACCGCUCACUGUCUAGGAGGACCAGCGUGAAGGACCGGGAUCUCAGCCCGCCCGACCUCCCCAACGAUAAGCUGUACGGCAGCAACAGUUCCCUCUCGUCGUAUGGGAGGGACUCGUACUCGCGCCGCUAUGGGCUCGGUUCCUCCUACAGCCGCUCCAACAGCCGCGACGCAGGCGACUCGGGCUCGUCGGCGUCGUCCACGCCGGCCACGACGCCCGUGCAGAUCCCAACGUCGCUGCGCUUCGGCAGCAGCACGCGCUACGGCACGUCGGUGCGCAGCCCGGCCUCCGAGAAGCCGCCCUCGGUGUUCGGCGGCGGCGGCGCGGGCGACCGCUACGGCCGCUACUCGCGCAGCUACAGCACCGAGGACAAGAAGCCGUCCGUCUCCGCGCUCACCUCGCCCACCUCCCCCGUCGCGCCGCCCACCGCCAACGCGCACUCCGCCCCCGACUUCACCAAGGCCAAGGCCAAGGCCAAAGACGACAAGGAGUCGUCAUCCUCGAGCGAGGAGUCGUCGACGGAGGAGGACGAGGAGGCGGCGGAGACGAAGCCGGCCAAGAUCUUCAUGACCGUGGUGACGCGCGGCACGUCGCCCACGCCGCCGUCCACGUCGCCCUACCUGCGCAGCCGGCGCGCCGACCUGGCGCGCGUGCUGGAGAAGACGGUGGCCAAGCCCACGACGCGGCCCGACACGGCCGACAAGGAGGUGCAGUCGGACCGCGGCGACGACACGGCGCGCCACUCGCGCUACGGCGGCACCUCGCGCGCCUCGCCCUACCUCUCCGCCUACCUCGACAGGUACGGAGGAAGCUACACGUCGCCAGUGUCUCGAUAUGGAUCGUACACAUCGAGAUAUUCGUCUCGAGGCGAUCGAGAGUCCUCAGUGGCCAGCAGCAAGCCGGAACCGGAACCCGCGAAACCGGAACCGGCGAAGACGGAGCCCGCAAAACCGGAACCGCAGAACGAACCUGCGAAGACGCAAACCUCGAGACCGGAACCUCCGAAAACCCUUUCGCUCAAAAAAACCGAAGAACCAAAGACAGAACCGACCAAAGUUACCACUACAGCGAAUUCUAGUCCUCUGCCUAGUAAGGAGCUAAAUAAAAGUACAAAUAAAUUUCCUGGCACGAAAGCCGAAACAGAGAAAUCUACCAAAGAAGUUAGCAAACCGAAAGAAGAAACUCCAAAAUUACCCAAAGUGCCAAGCAAAGUAGACAUUGCACCUAAACCAGAAGUCUCUACAACUAAGUCAUCUGUUCUCACAAAAUCGGAUUCAACAAAAAAUGUCCCUAGCAGUCCCACAAACAAGUCACCGGCAGUUUCACGUUCCGAUUCAAUCAAGAACGUUCCAGGUAGCCCAGCGAACAAGUCUCCUGUUGUAUCUCGAUCGGACUCAGGAAAAAUAACGCCAGAGAGUUCAGUUACCUCAUCACCUUCAGUUUCACGGUCAGAUUCGAUUAAAAACGUUCCUGAUAGCCCAGCCACUAAAUCACCAUCCGUGUCUCGUUCAGAUUCCAUUAAGAAUCUUGCGGGUAGCCCAGCAAGUAAGUCUCCCUCGGUGUCCCGUUCAGAAUCAGGCAAAAACGUAACAGACACCGCAGUAAAGAAAUCGACCUCCAAGGCUGACUUAUCGAAAACGCCACCGGAAAGUCCCGCCGCGAAGUCACCAAGUGUCUCGAGAUCCGAUUCAACCAAAAACCUUUCAGACACCGGCUCAACCAAAUCCCCUAUCGUCUCCAGAUCCGACUCCAUAAAGAACCUCUCGGAAAGCCCGAGCACCAAAUCCCCCGUCGUGUCGCGAUCGAACUCGUUCAACAAGAACGUCACCGGCAAACCACCAAUCGGCAAACCCGACCCCACCCCGUCAACCGACGCCGCGUCGACUAGUCUCAAAACCAAACCCGCAUCGUCGGAGACGUCCGUCACCAAAACACCCCCGCUGUCGCCGUCGCGUCCAAAAACGAAGGCGGACGCGGCGGAGACGCCGCGCGGCCCAAGCUGCCACUGACUGGCCGGUGCCGAAGCGCGGACGGGGUGUGAAGGGCCGGGUGGCGUCCACGCACGCGCUGGCGGGCAAGGUCCAUGGCAACAAGGACUUCCGCAAAAGUCGCCGCUGAAACGGUGGGGAGAUCGAGGCGGAGGCGAAGCGAUGAUAUGGGGCGCGGGGCGGCGGCAGCGCGGGCGGCUCCUCGCUCAGCUCCAGCGACGCCGAGGCCGCCGCCGGCGACGCCGCCAAGGUCACCGCCGCCGAGAAGAGCGCCGCCGCGCUCAGGCUCAGCAAGUCGCUCUCCAAGCUCGCAGCCGCGCCCAACUUCCUCGAGGUUCCCAAGUCCGCUUCCGGAAGCCCCAAGCGGCAAAGCCCAGUGCGCACCAAAUCGCGGCGCGACCUCAAGAAGAGCCCGUCGCGCUCCCCGCGCCACUCCACCAGCGGCUCCGACGCCAGCGACAGCUCCAGCGACAGCUCCACCGAGACCUCCAGCACGGAGACGUCCUCCAGCGAGACGGAGACGUCCAGCGAGAGCGAGAGCGACGGCGACGCGCCCUCGACCACGGCGCAACCCGUGCGCCGGCGCCAACGCGGCGCCGGGGACGACCUCGCGCUCACGGCCGACAAGCCGCCACGCCCCCCCGGAGCCAACAAGGGGGCCGCGGCGGCGGCGAAGCAAGAGGAGGCCAAGUCCUUCCUGAUGCGGGCGCUGGCGCCCGUCACCAGCUUCUUCAGCCGGCGCGGCGCCGAGGACUCGCCCGACGAGGCGCCGCCGGCGGUGACGCGCGCGCCCAGCAACCAGUCCCUGGGGCGCGCCUCGGACAGCUCCGGCGACGGGGAGAAGCCGCGCAAGCGCCGAAUCAAGCGCAUCGAGUCCGGGGAACGCGCGUGGUGGAUGGACGACGGCGGGGAGGUGCCCGAGGGCGUCGCGCGCCUGCAGAGCAACAAGUCCAUCGCGCGCCUGGCGGAGGCGGCCGCCGAGCUCAGGAAGAGCACGGACAGCGUGCCCGGGCUGCCGCGCACCGGCAGCAACGCGUCGCUGCGCUCCUCCGACAAGGAGGACGCCGCCCCCUCCGCCGGCAAGGCCAUGCCCGAGGGCAUCGCGCGCCUGCAGAGCAACAAGUCCAUCGCCAAGCUGGCCGAGGUCGCCGCCGAACUGCAGAAGAGCGACAGCAAGGGAAAGUUCCGCAUCAAGAAGAUCGAGUCCGGCGAGCGCGCGUGGUGGAUGGACAGCAGCGCCAACAUCCCAGAGGGCGUGCAGCGAAUCCUGAGCAGCAGCAGCCUGGCCGCCGCCAGCGCCGCGGGCAGCGCUGCCGGAAGCGCUGCUGGAAGCGCUGCGGGCAGCGCCGCCAGCUCCGACAGCGAGAAGAAGCCGCCGCGCAUCCAGAAGGUCCGCAGCAGCCGCUCCGUCGCCAAGAUGGCGGUGCAGCAGGCCGCCGCGGCCGCCGCCGCCGCCAACGGCGAGGCCGACGAUCGGCCGUGCCUGUACCGCAUCC